UUUAAAAGUGGGUGCCAAGCUGACGUAAGAGUUGCUUUCAGCAACUCCUAAACCAAACCAUUCUGACAUUAAAUAUCAACUUAAAUCAAUAGUUUGCCCAGAUAUGAUUUAAACACAUACAUCUUGACAAUUCCAGGAUGCUCGAAGGGGCCGUAGCAAGACUCCUGAAUCAUUUAUUGGGCAAAUAUGUGGUGGACCUUGACACUGAAAAUCUGAACGUUGGAAUAUUUUCAGGACAUGUGCAGUUGACUGAUUUAAAAUUAAAAACUGAAGCCUUGUACGAGUUGGGUCUUCCAAUCGAAGUCAAAGCCGGAACUGUGGGAAGAAUAUGGCUUCAAAUACCUUGGACGUGUCUGUGGAACCAACCAGUUGUAGUCAACAUCGAAGAUUUGCACAUUAUUUGUGGUCCUUUGCUAUCAGACGAACCCUUCGAUGCCGAAAAAAACAAACGGCUAAUUCGAGGAUUUAAACGCAAAAUUUUGGCAGAUUUAGACACCGAAAGUCACAUUAUUGGCGGCCCCAACUCCUUUUCAGAACACUUAGUUACAAAUCUUCUGAACUGUUUGCAAUUUAGUGUCACUAAUAUCCACAUCAGAUACGAGGAUGUCGUCAGUUACAAAACGCCGAUUUCGGCUGGUCUAUGCAUUGGAAGUGUUACUGCGGAAGCUACAAAUAGUAAAUGGAAGCCUAGCAAACCCGAGAAUAAUAGUAACACGUGCUAUUACCUAGUGAAGAUGGAAACGUUGUCUGCAUACUGGAAUUCCGACUCUAAACUAGCAAAAUGGAAUUUACCCUCGGAGUAUUACGUUUGGAGGAACGCCAUGUCAAACAGUUUGCAAAAUUUUUCAAUCAACAAUGAGAAUUUUGAGUUUGUAUUGAAGCCAAUGACAACCAAAAUAAAAAUAACGAUGAACAAGUCAAAUAUUGGUAAUAUCGUCAAAUGUUUAAUUGAUGUGAUAGUACAAGACUGCAACUUGCAAAUUUCCAAAAAACAAUACGAAUCAAUUUUGGCAGUAAACGACUCCUUGAAACGCAUUUUAAUCAGUUGGGAUUUUUUGCCCUCACGUCCGCACGAAAAAAUUUUAGACAAUACAAAAGCUUGGUGGAAAUACGCCUAUUUUGCUGUUUUAGACCAAAGAAUUCGUCCUUAUUCUUGGAAAAAAAUUAAAAAUGUUAGAGAUUAUUACCGCGGAUAUGUGCAAACUUACAAGCAGAUUAUUUUGAAUCCUAACGAUACCGAAUUGAAGUUAGAUUUGCAAAAAUACGAAGAUAAUUUAUCUGUUAUUAAUGUUGUGAUAGCGAGACAACAUGCACGACUUUUGGUGCAAUCGCGUAGUUUAAGCGAAAAAAAUUUUUGGUCAAUGUUGCCUUCGCCUGAACGUACUUUGUUAUGUAAAAAAAUUGGAUUCUAUGAUAAAAACUGUGAUCAGUUACAGAUAGAUCAACAGUAUAAUCUACGAAUGGGUAAUUUUAGCUUGUCGCUGACUCACAAUUCCAAGGAAAUUUUUCUACUGACUCUAACUCAGACAAAUUUCAAUUUCCAUCCGAAUCUAUUAGAAGACACUUUCAAGGCACUUGUGAAAAUCGAAGGUUUGAUUUUAGAAGGGUCAAAUGAAGACGAACAAUUAAUUUCGAUCCUGGCCUCAGAGCAUCUUAGUACAAGUCCGGCGUAUUUUUUUAAAGCAGAGUUAGAGAAAAUGCCGACUAAUUCAAAUUGUUCACACAAAUUGAAUCUAGCUUUAGACUCAGUUGAAUGUUUGUAUAACCAACAAUUUUUCGACGACCUUUCAACGUGGCUAAAUAAUGAAUUUUUCUCUCAAACGUCCCUUUUUAACCAAAUGAAUGACUGUCCUCAGACAAUACGCAGUUUUUUCGACAAAAAAUUGCAGGAAAAAUGGGACUUGACCCUUAAUAUAAAAGUCCCCUUCAUCGUGAUACCCGAAUUCGGUUCUUUUCUAAAAGCGGAUAAUAUUUUAGUGGUAGACUUAGGCCGUUAUUUAAUUACAACUGAACUUUACCAAAACACCGACUUGGUAGAUAACGCCACCCAAAUGGAAAUGGAAGAACAACUCUACUCGAAAUACCACUUCGAAUGCACCGACAUGCAAAUUCUAUUUUGUCAAAAUUCAGACAAUUGGAGAGACGAAAGGAAGGAAAAAGACACCGAUUUGCACAUAAUACCCAAAACGGCUUUCUCCGCAAUGUACGCUUGUUGUACCCGAAUCGAAAAAACCAUUCCGAAAUACAAAUUCAACAUCAAUUUCCACAGUCUUAAACUGAACUUAUCAGAACGCAAGAGUGGCCAAAUCCUCAAGUUUUUCACCAAUAAUGGAAAUUACUUAGAGAGAGAGAAGCCAAAGCGGACAACGAAAAUUGAUUUUUACGAACACACAAUCAUCCAAAGCUACAAUCUCAAAUAUUUAUCCAAUGUCGAGUCGCUAGUUUCCAUCAAGGACAACUUCAUCAAAAUUAAAAGAGGAAAAGUGGACAAGAACCAACAAAACAAAAUCGAGAAGUCUGCCGAUAAUGUUAAGAAAGAAGACAUGAAUGAAGCGUGGGCCCGGUAUGUCGAUUUACCGGGAUUAGAAGACAAUAUUUCCCCCAAUAAUAAUAUAACAGUCCUCCUCCGAUUCAUCAUUAGCGAAUUCACUCUCGUAUUCUCAAGAUCAAGCGAUAGUACCGAUCGACAGUACCUAAUGUUCCGUCUCGGACUUCUAACCACAGAUGUGGCUCUAAUGACUUACGGACCAGCUUACCAAAUCUCAGUCAAUAGUAUUUUAUUGACGGAUAAAUUACACACAACUCCCAGUGGACAAUAUUUAGAUUUAGUCCAUAGUCCAUUUCCUAGUACUGUUGACGUUAUUACAAUACUAUACAGAAAAGUAAGUGCGAGUUGUCCCGACUUUUGGAGUCACUUUCACGGUGUUGAAACCUCACUAGUGGCCGAUUUCGGGACCAUCCAUUUGUUACUCCACCAAGAAGCGAUUCAUACUCUUGUCAAAUACUCAAAUUAUUUAUUCAAUAAACUUAAACUCCAAACACCGUUAUUGAUUCGUGACGCCGCUUUGAAGUCUUUUAAAUUGUUAAAUAAUAUUUUGCAUCAACAACCAGUGACUCCGGUUCCUCCAGGAUCCGUCAAAUUCUCUCAUUCGGCAAGAUUUGCAGAUGUCAAUAUCAGAGUUUGUGAUUCUGAUUUUGAUAUCAUCAAUAUACAGUUAUCAGGACUGGAAAUGGAUUUUCUAUUCAGGGCCAAUGAACGAUUUGUGUUUAGAUCAUAUUUGAGUAACAUUAACGUAGAGCAUUUGUCAGAAGUUACACUUUAUAGUAAAGUACUCUCCACGGAUGAAGAUAAAGUUUUCGAACUGAAAUAUGUCCGUCAUGCCUCUCAUAUUAACCAAAAUGACAUUACACACAGGGAUGAAAUGACCACUGGUGGUAGUUUCAAGUUUCAACUAGGACAAAUCCAUUUAACUCUCUUGUACAAAUUGAUAGUUCAAAUCCAGCGAUUUAUCACAAACUUGGAAGCCGUCCCGUACAUUAACAAUAUAGUGGAAUACCUCUACAAUGCUGUAACCACAGUCACUGACACCUUAAAAGCCAACACAAAAAUCCAUCUUGCGAUAAAUGUUUGUGGCCCGAUUCUGCUCUUCCCCCAGAAAUCUUCAUCCCCCAAUGUUAUGAUAAUCGACACUGGCGAACUCCACGUUGAGAACUUCUUCAAGGAGUAUAACAACGACACCAUGGAGAAUAUUUUGAUCAAAUGGACCGGAACCACCAUCACUCGGGGCGUAAUGACCCUCGUACCAUCCCUUGAAAUGCAAGAAACCCUAAUUGAACCAAUAAACCUCAACUUUGACAUCAAACGCUACACGAAUAUCAAAAGUGCGCAGAAAUUAUGGGACAUCGAUGGGGCUCUAGACCCGAUUCAGAUCACUCUAGGCCAAAGAGACAUUUCGACGAUUUUAUCAAUCUAUAAAGACAACAUUGGUGAGGGCAAAAUCGUCGAUCUUUUCCCCGUCCAAAUCAAAUCGCCCCUAACUUCAAUCACGACUGACGAAACUGUGAAAACACUCGAAGCGUUUUUCUGCGAACCUAAACAGAAAAAUAUUGUUGCCAAAUUUUCACUCGACGAAAUCACUUUGUUGUUAUUUUUCGACUCGGGAGAGUUGCUAAGUUCGCCAAUUCGUGAUUUGAAUCACGGCUUGUGUAAAUUUAAAGUCGCAGAAGUUAACGCAACUUUUACGAUUUAUACUGAUGGGAGUCUUGAUGGUAAAUUAUCAGCUGACGAGAUUUUGAUUGAAGAGAUCGGACCCGAUGCGAACAUUUAUGAUAAGAGGAUCCUUCAAUCGCCCAUUGAUGAUAACAAGAAUAAUAACUGUAAUAUUACGAUAAAUCGCGCCCCGAUUGUUGAUAUCACUUUCCAUCAGACCAAAUCGGGUGAUAAUUCCGCUGAUGCGAUCAUUGGAAGGUUGAGUUUGAGUUUAUCGGUCCCUUUUUGCGAAAAACUGGCCCUUUUUGUACUCGAGUGCCUUCCAAAAGACAAUUCUGAUAUUGGGAUUGUGAAUCAUGGCUACGAGUGUGACACUCAUGAGGAGAAAGAAUACACUGCUAGUCUUACAAUUUCACUUAGGAUUAACAAACCGGAAUUUAUAUUCGUUGUAGAAACGACGUCAAACAAAAAACGCUAUUUCAUCACUCACACCGAAAUUUUAUCCGAUUAUUCCAGACACGGAAAUCGGUUAAACCUCGUCGUGUCUUUAUCAGGAUUGCACUCUUUGUUUUACGACAUUGGUGUGCAAUCGAACGAACCUUACGUCAUACUGAAACAGUGUGACGUUGAAUUUUCUAAAUGUUAUUCCGAAGAGAAAGGCAAAAAAAUCAUCGCGUCGGUCUCAUCAAUCUAUGUGCAGAUUUGUAGCCGCGUUGUUCACUCCCUAACCGAUAUUUUGAACGAUAUUUCUGAACAUUUCAAAGUGCCUGAGCUUGACUCCCGAGAAUUUAAUAAUAAAGCCGAGGAGGACUUGUGGGAGUCCAAAAAAAUGGACGAUUUCGCCCAACCAAAACUCGAUUCAAGUCUUGAUAAUAAACUAGUGGCAAAAGAAGUCGAGUUGCAUGAGAUUCUUCUAGUCCCCAAAUUUGACAUUGUGCUCAUUUUCGAACUAGAAGAGACGCAAGUGCUUCUUGUGAAAUCAACAAUGGAAGUGACGGUCUACGACUGGUCUUCGCUCCUCAACUGUACUUGUGAAGUCACAAUCCAGGCUAAUUAUUUCAAUGAGAAUUUGCAAGUUUGGGAGCCUGUGAUCGAUCCUGUUGUCAUAGAUGAGAAAGAGUACAGGCCGUGGGACGUCCUUGUAAAAAUCUUCCAAGACAAAUCGUUACCAAUGCUGAGCAGUCUCGACCAAAAGUCGAGGAAUAUCACUCGCGAGAAGAAAAGCACUCCCACCACAACCGAAGAUGAAGAUUCGGGUGAAGAUAUGAUGUAUCUUGAACCGAUCAAUCCGCUCCACAAUCGCAAUAACAGAAGAGUCAAGACAAGUCUUUCCACUUUUCUCGACGAUUCAGAUUCGGAAAACGAAGAUGGAGCCAUGGAAAAACUAGCCGCUGCGAUUUCCGAUUUAUUCACUGGUGAUUGGAAUGAGAGUGAAGACAGUGAUUAUAUUCACUCUAGUGACAACGAAGACGAUUCUGAUGAUAAUGUCAAAAGAAAAUCGCAAGACGAUAAAAUUUGUCAAUUUGCGAGUUACACGAAAUCGACUUAUGUCCUAAUCGAUGCAAAGGAAGUGUUAAAUUUGACAAUAACCCCGACUUUUCUCAAAGUUAUGAACGAACUUUUUACCAUCUACUCGAAUAAAACUCUGUCGGUUAUAACCAACAAGAAAACGAUUAAUUUAACUAACGACAUUGGGCCGCAAUCGAAAGUUGAACUCUAUGAAAAGAAAAGUGUGGAAAGCUACGAGGAAGAUGCUUUGGUUUGUGUCAAAACGUUUGAAAACCAGGAUUCAGUGCCCAACAGUCCAAGUAAAAGCGUGUAUUAUGUUUCGGAUUUUUCGGAAGACGUAAAUGAAGAUAAAGACAGCACGCAAGGAGAUGUAUUUAAAGCCGAUUUGGAAAACAAUUACGACUUUGCGACAAUGUCAAGUCUUCAAUUCCCCGCGGAAACGACUCCUCAACUCUACGACAAAAUCAACGCCCAUUUUAUGCGCGUUUACAUUCCGAAUUGUACCCCAAUUCAAACAAAUUGUUCAAAAAGAGCCUGGCAAAAACUGAUGAGACUACACUCGACCAUUCCGGGCCAGAAAUACUACCUUGCUGCAAGACAUACGAUAAGUAAAUCAGGCCGAAAUGUUGUUAUAAGUUCGCCUUUACAAAUCAAAAACGAGACCUGUUUUGCGCUGAGUGUCCUGUACCAACCCUCAGUUUUGCAACAAUUGAAUUUAGAGCCAGUUGGGGAUGUUACCAAUCCGUUUGAGACGACGAUGAGGAUUGCAGUUUUGGAAGCGCACGAGCAUUACAAUGUGCCACUUUAUAUUGCUUACCACUGCAAGCUUUUUAUCCAACCCGCGUAUGCCGAAGGCCACUACACUUCUGAUUCUGGGAUUUGGUGGAAAGAUUUAGCAACGGAGCUUGACAUCGCCCAUAAUUUGCACUGCAGGCCUAGAACUGAUUCAAACUUGGAAGUUUUUUCGCUGCGAGUGAUGCUGACUCGAAAUUUGGAUAUAUCAAACUCUCAAGCGCACACUGUCCCUAAUUACGUUAUACACUUAUUGCCACCGUUAAUUUUUCAUAAUUAUCUCCCCUACUCACUCGAAGUCGAAAAUGUUGGUUUGAAACAACUGAUUAAAAUCGAGCCCGGAGAAAAGAAAAGUGUCUACUCUUUAGAUUUGUCCAAAGAUCAAAAAUUACUAAUCAGAGUCAAGUACAAUUUACUAACUUGGAGUGGAAUUUUAAAUUUCACAACUUAUCUUGAUGAAAAAAUCGUUGUUUUGUCUUCUGACAGUAAAGAAGUCAAGCAUUUAGCCAUCAAUACCAAAACAGAUCGUGAAGGUAGCUGUAACGUGUUUUUUUACACUCCGUAUUGGAUUAUUAACAAAAUUGGAUUGCCACUACAAAUCAAAGCGUCACUUACGAACACAGUUUAUGAAAGUAAUUCCGAAGAUAUUCUUCUUUUCACUUAUAAAAGACACGGAAAGCAAACUUUAAAUGUUAAAGUUUACGACUCGAAUUGGUCAAACGAAUUCGGGUUAGAAUGUGCGGGAACCACCGGUUUAAUAAUCUGCAAAGACAACGAACGGAAAAAGAAAUAUUUGUUCUUUUUGUCCAUCAAAUUGUCACAAAUGUGUCCGAGAUUGACGAAAAUUGUUACUCUUCUGCCGACUUUCCUAAUCACCAACAAUACCAACAAAAAACUAAGAUUCAUGGAACACAAUGAAAAAACAGAUCUCUGGAUCGACUUGGACUCCUCUCAAACCGUAACUUUUUGGCCUGAAACCUCCUCGAUGCAAAUGUACGUCAAAUACAGAGACAGUAAAGUAAUUUCGCAGGCAUUUAAUUUCGCAACUUCAAAUUCGACGGUCCUUCGAAUGGAUAGAGGAGGAGCAUUAAGAGUCGAAGUUACAGGAGGCAUAAGUGAUUCCUUCCGUGUGACUUUUUACGACUACAAACCCGGCGAUGCCCCUGUCCUAGUUAAAAACUAUUGUCCUGAUUUAUUUUUGAAGAUUCAACAGCAGGACCAAAGCCAAGUCACUUUACUUAGUCCUUACAAUUCACUUUUGUACACUUGGGACGACCCAACAAGGAUCAGGAAGUUGGUUUGGAACGUUUACAACAAUAAAGGAACAGGAUUCGUCCUUGAUAUUUGCAAGGACUCGCACGGGGAGGAAAAAAUAUUAUUCCACAGUGUCACACCGACCACUAGUGUGACAGUUUCGUCGAGUGAGGACUCAGAUAGUUCCGACAGUGUUAAAACAACAAUGAAUAAGAAAGUUCGAAGAGACAAAAUCGUGAUUUAUUGGCUGUGUUACGCUGAAGGUCUCCAAAGAACCCUCCUCUUCACUCAAGAAUCACGGAUUUAUAACACGGUUUUGAAACACUAUUUUUUGGAGCAUUGCUACUUGGAGUGUUUAGUGUCACUCUGCGGUGUCGGAGUUUCACUUUUCACGUCGGAAAAUGCGAAAAAAGAGCACGUUUAUGCCUCACUUGCUGAUAGCCCGGCCAUUUGGGAAGUCAAUGUUGGCCACAAGUGGAAAACUCUAACUUUGGAAUUGGCGUCCUGGAUCGAAGAUAAGUACAAGUUGCAUUACAAGAAAUGUCAACUGAGAGACUAUAUACACAUUGACUUCGAAAAGAUGUACAUGUUGAAGCCAUUUUUUGCAGAAUUGAAACGCACAUAUUCCCCUGCAGUUUACCUCCAAUACAGGAAGUCGAAAAAUUACAAUCAUUUUAAUUUCAAAUUAAACACGCUACAAAUUGAUAAUAAAGUCAAUAAUACGAUUGUCCUAUACCCACUUCCGGGAAAUGUCACAAAAGGGUUGAAUUCUUUCAUCGAUGUGAAUGUUUUGAAGUGUUUGGCGAAAGAUUGUGAUAUUUACAGACACAUCAAAAUCAACAUUAAAGAUUUCUAUUUGAACAUCGAAAAUGAUUUGUUUGUCAAUAUUCGGGAACUUUUGGUCCAGUACAAGAAGUUUUACGAUGAAACAAAUAUUUCGUACGUGAAUGAUAUCAAAUCCAUUCAAGAUUUGACUCUUGCACGGUCCAAGGACACUCAAAGUGGCCGAAGUUUGAUCGAAUAUUUAAGUGUGAGCAACUUCGAGAUCCAGUUGCACAUCUCAAAUAAAACACAAUUGAUUUUGAAAAGUAGUAACUUACCUUUGUGCAAACUUCUGGACUAUUUGUUUCCCAUAAACAUCUCGCCCUAUAUGCCUCUAGAGGGAGUUCUCCAAAAAGUUUCAGCUAUCGAACAAACCAACCUGUAUGACCACCUCUCCACAUGUAUGGAAAACCUUCUCCAACAAAUAACAGCUCAAUUCUUGCAACAGUACUACUCUCACGUACUCGGAUUGCAAGUCUUGGUCAACACUUUCGCCAUCCAACCUGCAGUUUUGUACCCGCAAAUCGAUGUGGAAAAAAUGUCAAACACUGUUUUGUACGGCUCGAGGUGUCUUUUGAGUCACGUUAACAUGUCUCCGGCUGCUUUGGAAGCUUGCGUUGUUGAUAUUUUCGCUCACCAAACCAUUGAGAAUAUCCAGAGGAUCCGUAGACACGGAUCGUACCAAAAAUCGGAAGUGGUACCGAAAAUCAUAACUGCGUCUUGUCGGAAUUUCCACACGGGGGUACCAAAUGCGUUAAACCAACUGAUUGUGAGAAAACAAAACGCUGGGAUUAAUUGCGACGGCGAAAUGUUCUUCAGAACGACCGGAAAAGCCCUUUAUUCCCUCAUGACACGCCACCCUGAUGAUAAAAGCGAUAGUGUAGAAGUGGCCAAAGAGGCGUUGAGAAGGGCCUCUAUUUUAGGAGAACCAAUCAGGAUUCAGCAACGUCUUACCAGAUAUAAUAACCGAUAUUUGGGCCUUAAACCGUUUUCAGCGUACGAAUCUAUGGGCCAGUAUUUGUUAGAAACGGUCGCAAAUUCAAGAUUUAUGAAAGAUACCUAUUGGUCACAUGCUUCGAUUGAUAGAAGCGGAAAAUCGGCUUUGCUAGUUUCGCUACAGCAUGUCAUAAGAAUAAACAAAUGUAGGCUUUGGGGACCUUGGGAUGUUGAGUGGGCUAUAGAUUUAGAUGAUAUUUUAUCGAUGCCAAAAAUCACGUCUACCGAACUUGUGUUUAAUAUGAGACAGAACGAAAACAAUACGAAAGAGCUGUUGACUAUUAGUGGUGAUAAAGAGAUGCUGACUUGGAUUCACGAAAAAAUCGAACAAGCUAUUAUAGUCAGUAUGGAAGAGAAAUCGUGGCCCGUUACUGAAAAUCCAUAAUGUUAAUUGUAUUUUCUGUAAAUGUUAUUAGAGAAAUAUUCAAAAAAUUUGUCAAACUUUUUGUUCCUUAUAACACUUGAAACAACUAUGAAGUAGAAAACGAAAUUUUAUUCAAUACAA